AUGGAGUCCUGGAUGGAGGUGGAUGAUGUUGAGGUGGAUGAAGGUUUUUUCUUUUGUAUUCUCUUGUCAGUUGCUCCUGAAGCCAUUGGCUUCUUGUCUGCUGUCGGGGUAUUUAUUGUCCUUCUGGCUGUCCUCUUCCUUUUCAUCAACAAGAAACUCGGUUUUGAGACAAUAGGAGGUCUUCCAUGUCUGGAACAACAUGGGAAAAGAAAGCACUCUAAAGACAAAUCUGAAAACUGUGAAGGGCUGGUUAACAGUUUUGGAGAUGAUGAAGAGAUUUCCACAUCUUCUGACAGUGAUGAAGAGGUGAUCAAACAGUUUGAAAUUUCUGUGUCCCGGUCCCAGAGUUUUCGUUCUGGUGCACCUGAGAAAGGAAAGCAGACAGGACUGGAGCGGAAACCCAAAUUCAAUCAGUUGCUCUCUACCCAUGAAGAGGAUAAUAGAGAAGUGUCUGCCUGUGAAGAUGUGGAUGAAGCCAGCAAGAGGAGAUAUUCAGAAAAAUUGUCUUACGUUGAAGAUGGUCUCCUAUCUGCCUAUUCACCGUCCCCAUGUGACAUGAGAGGUACCAGGCUUCAUGGCACAUCUUCGCAAGCGACCCGAGUGGUCCGUAAUCUCAGUCGUCAGUCCACAGAGGGCAGCUUGGAGAUGGAGACAGCUUUUAAUAACAGGGGGUUUGAAGAUUCCUAUGCCACUGACAGCUCUUCUGUGUGGAGUCCAGAGGAACAGGAUGGGACCGCUUUUCAGGUGCCUUCUAGGGUCCCCGAGCCCAUCUCCAAAUGCGGUGACCUCGAUGUUAUCUUCGAAUACAGAGCUUUCAGCCAGAAGCUAACAGUGAACAUUGUGAAGGCACAGGGCCUCCCAGAUAAGGACCGAAGUGGUGUCAACACCUGGCAAAUUCAUGUCGUGCUGCUGCCCAGUAAGAAACAGAGGGGCCGAACAAGCACGCAGAGAGGACCCAACCCUGUGUUCAAGGAGAAGGUCACCUUCGCUAAACUGGAGCCCAGAGAAAUCUCAGCCUGUGCUGUUCGCUUUCGCCUCUAUGCUGCCCGCAAGAUGACCCGGGAAAGAAUGAUGGGAGAGAAGCUAUUCUAUCUCAGACACCUGCAUCCAGAAGGGGAAAUGAAAGUGACUCUGGUUCUGGAGCCAAGAAGUAAUAUCAGUAGUGGAGAAUCUCCGCUAAGCCCAUCUGCAGUUUCUCACAGUGAUAGUGCUUCAUCUACGCAGUCUCUCUCUCAUGGAGGGGUGCCAGAGCUUUUGGUGGGGCUGUCCUAUAAUGCCACAACGGGUCGAUUAUCUGUGGAAAUGAUCAAAGGCAGCCAUUUCCGAAACCUAGCUGUUAACAGGGCUCCUGAUACCUAUGGAAAACUAUUUCUUCUCAAUUCCGUGGGUCAAGAGAUGUCCCGCUGCAAGACAUCCAUUCGACGUGGUCAGCCCAAUCCUGUCUUUAAGGAGACCUUUGUUUUCCAAGUGGCCCUUUUUCAGCUCUCUGAUGUCACAUUGAUGAUUUCCAUUUACAACAGGCGUACCAUGAAGCGUAAAGAGAUGAUUGGUUGGAUUGCUCUGGGCCAGAAUAGCAGUGGAGAGGAGGAACAAGACCAUUGGGAGGAAAUGAAGGAGACCAAAGGCCAGCAGAUCUGCAGAUGGCAUACCUUGCUCGAAUCUUAGGUUUACUAACAACACUUUGACAUGACUUAUAUUGUCGACUUCUGCUUCCUAACUCAACGUUGACACGUGGGAAGCUUCUUAAAAACAGGGUUUCUAACAGGGAUUGGCUCAUACUAAUACUUAGGACAUUCUUGGGAAUCUUUUGUUUCUCAAAGGUUUGAUCUGGAUUUGAGUAUCGCUGGUUUUAAAAAUCUUAAUAUUUCAGUAAAGCGUACUAUAUCGAUAAUGUUGUCAUGUAAGUUCUGUUAAUGAAUUGUGAGUUUUGAUACAGGCUAUGGAAUGAACUGUCUCCUGCAGUCUUUGUUAGAUUGAAUAGUAAUGAACAGCUAAGGAGCUGUUGAAUGUUAGUAUUUGUAACCAUUUAGACAUAUGACUCGAUUUUCUUAAUAUGGUGCAAAAAAUCCCGAAAAUACCAAAAGGAGCUAAAUGCUGAGGAUCUCAAGAAUAUAACUAUCGGGGCUGGAGAGAUAGCAUGGAGGUAAGGCAUUUGCCUCGCAUGCAGAAGGACGGUGGUUCGAAUC